AUGCAGAUCUUCGUCAAGACCCUCACCGGCAAGACCAUCACCCUCGAGGUUGAGUCCUCCGACACCAUCGACAAUGACAAGGAGGGCAUCCCACCAGACCAGCAGCGCUUGAUCUUCGCCGGCAAGCAGCUUGAGGAUGGCCGAACCCUUGCCGACUACAACAUCCAGAAGGAGUCCACGCUCCACUUGGUGCUCCGUCUACGUGGCGGUCAGUAA